AUGAGGCGUGGGCGCUCUGACGAUGGUGGUGUGUUCUUCCGACUACCGUUAGCCGUGAUUUUGGAGUUCCUGGACCUACGUGAUGCCAUAAAUAUGCUGAAUGCAAGCCGCUGGAUGCGUUACGAUCGAGUAUUGACGGCUACGGCGCUGGAAAAAACACGUUAUGCUCAGCACUUUCACCAGAAAUGUGCUGCUGACUGGUGGCACCUGACGCCAGCGUGGAAGGCAAGUGAUCGUAUGGUAGAGAGUGAUUGGGACGGAGAUGAUGAUGUUUAUUCUGCUGAAAUUUGGGAGGACUGCCACGUGCGCACUACCGCAGGCAAAGAGUUAACAUACUGGAAGGACACAAUACGCGAUACCCCCCAGUGGCAGCAUGUGCCAUUACUAUCAAUUAUUGACUUUAUGGUUACUAAAUUACUACCACAAAGCUACAUCUCAUUUAAAUAUGCAGCUGCAGUCUACACUGCAAGACCCAUCAUCGUUCGGUUGCACCCACCAGUAGGAAUAGAUGAAAGGAAAAAGGUGGAAGACAAACAAAAUGGGAUAGAACAGAAUAAUGCACGCAAAAUAACUAAUGCUUUGGGGGCUCAGAAUGGAAAGUUGACGUCACUAUUUGGUCUCCAUUGGGAAAACAUGCACUUGGAUCCGGACUCUGGUAAAGUGACGUGCGCAGUCUGUCAAUUAUACGCUGACGAGGUGGAGAAGUACCAGACUAAAGUGGCCGAGAUGGUAAGUGAAUGGAAACAAGCAGUGAAAGUCAAGCUUCCACGGUGGAAAGAGAAGGGUAUGCAUCAGAUGGAGAUUGAUCGACGUACCUACGAAAUGCGAGAGGAUAUGAUCCCAUACAGUGGUUACUUCACGUCCAAUGUCGCCCGCCGCCACGGCGACAUAAUUAUUCGCCACAUUUGCUCAUAUUGGACGACGGUAGACCACCUUAAGAUAAACACGCUUGGAUAUCGAGAUGCCUCGCAACUUGUCGCUGCAUUAAAUUCAGACAUAAGAAAGCAGUGUCAGCACUUCUCUAAAAUCAAGCAUGCGAUGACGAACGCCUUUCCUCGUGUAGCAAGAAUUCGUUACGAAGUUGACGAGCCGGAACCUCCACCGUCCACGCUUAUAUGGCAGGGCGAGGCAGUCACCGAGCUUGUUGCAGGGGUUUUACCGUCAGGUUUUCUUUGCGGAAUGUUGUUUAUCGAGAAACGUGCUUGA